AAUUAUUAAAGAUUAUUCAUAAGGCACGAUAAAACGCGUAGAUAUAUUCAUUAAAGAAAUCAUUUUUAGUUAUUUCUAUCAACAUUUCUCAAUUGUGUGUAAGGUAUAUUUUAUUCCUUCUGAAAUAAGAUGCAUUCAAUGAAGGCAAUGACUUCGCACAGUCUCCAUUUUCUGGUCUGUCUGCUCUAUAUUCCACUGUCUUACUGCCAAGAGCUCACUCUUACUCCUACAAUUCUGAAUGUUCCCAUCGGGGAGACAGCCACAUUAAACUGCGAGGUUUCCCUGACCGAAUCUGGACACAGUGGAACAGAGACGAGGCCAGGGCGUGUGGUGUUUUGCAAAGGAAUGACAGAGAUGGAAGCCUAUAACUUUUGUUAUAAUUGUACACAAGUUGCCUCCUGGAAUUACACAAUAGCACACGUUGGCGCCUCCGACGGAGGAGUAUACACAUGCAGUCUAUUCCAAUGUUCAUUGACCAAAGCAUCUAAUAGUGCACACGUUCAAAUCACUAACAUAGGUACAAAGGAAGUGAAAAGUACAACUAAACGUAAUGCAGGGACAACGACACGGCAUUGUGACCCGAACCAGCAGCGCCAAAACCAGACCAAUAAUUGUGUGCCGAGUAUUCAAAAUAUUGAAUCAUUGAUUUCAUCACUAACUGAAGGAAAUAUAUCAAGGACAGAGGUAAAACAUACGAUUGAUAACACACUAAACAAACUGCAAGAUUUCUCACAGAACAACGAACACUCUUCAUCAGAUUUGGACAGCUCUAUAAACCUGAUAGAUAAGAUAUUAGAUGUCUCCGAAACAGCCAAUGUAUCACUUCCACAGACGGUGGUAGUCAAGACAAUUGAUAAUCUCUUGGCUGAAAAGCAUGUGACUGCAUGGCAGAACACUUCCUCAAAACCGGCGACUGCAACGGUGAGUAAAAUAUUAAAGACGGUGGACAAAUUUGGCCUGCAUGUCUUGAAUACUGUCAACCAGAACGAAAGCGUCACGUUUAACACAACGAAAAAUAUGGUUCUUACUGUAGCAAAUAUACCAGCAGACGACGAUGUCAGUUUUCCGGAUGCCAAAAACCUAAGAAGUUCAUCUCUCGAAUUACCAGCUCAAAUACAAGGAUCCAACGAAAGCGUAUCCUAUUUGGCGGUAAAAUAUAAAACUAUCGGAGACAUCCUUAACGGUAACUCAAGACAAAAUGAAACUUCAUCAGAAAGAGUAGGUUCGGAUAUUCUGUCACUCACACUGAAGAAUGCGUUGUCUAGAGAAACAUUGAAACCACCUCUGAGUUUGAAAUUUUUAAAGGAAAAAAGUUCGACUGCUGCUAUCACCGAGUGUGUAUUUUGGAACUUCGAUCACAACAAUGGAACAGGUGGAUGGUCAACAGCUGGAUGCAAAACAGAGGGGACAGACGAUCUGUACACACAAUGUACCUGUAACCAUUUAACAAACUUUGCAAUACUACUGCGGCCAUACUCAAAGGUACAUGACGAUGAGGACGCUUUGCAUUGGAUAUCCCUGAUCGGCUGCAUCAUAUCGAUUACAUUCUCCUUGAUAACAGUCAUUGUGUAUCUUGUCUUCUGGAAAUCUAUAACUUCUGAGACCACGAAGAUGAUAGAUAAGAUCACCGUCUCUCUAUGUCUCAGUAUCGUCGUGGCUUACUCUUUGUUUUUAGGUGGAGUUGAUAGGACCCAGUAUAAGGUCGGAUGUAUAAUCAUUACAGCACUUUUACAAUGGUUGUUCCUGUUUAUUUUCUUCCUGAUGUUGGCCAUGGGAUGGUAUUAUUUUAUCAGCGUCUCAUUGGUUAAGAUAUCGUUCUCCAAAGCUACAAAAUUUAAAAGUAACGCCAACACUAUUAGUAAAUUCAUCUGGGGAAUUGUAACACUGAUGCCUGUAAUCAUCACCGCUGUUACAUUUGGGGUCGUAUAUUCGUCAGGGAAGAAUUAUCACUCAGAUACCAGUUGCUGGUUGUCGUUUGAGAGCGGGGCUUUGUACGGUUUUAUCGUUCCUGUCGCUGUUAUCAUUCUGGUUAAUAUUGUAAUUGUCAUCAGUUUAUGGAUGGCAAUCCGUUCAUCAACGCUCGUGUCAAAAGGAACAGCAAAGAAACAGGCGAUGGCUGGUGUAAGGUCAAUCUGUAUCCUGGUACCUGUUUUGGGGGUGACCUGGCUUUUUGGACUUUUGUCGGUCAAUGAUGACGUCAUCGCCUUUCAAUAUAUCUUCUCUAUUUUGAAUUCUGUUCAGGGACUUUUCAUUUUCAUCACCAAAUGCAUUUUUCACAAAAAGAUUCGGAAAGCUUUUAUGAAAAGAAUGGGCUUCAAGGAAUCUGAACAUUCAAGGAGUAAAUCAUACCCGUCACAGAGUAACGGUACCCAGUCCUCGCGCGUGACAGAGUCCAGCAUAGAUUCAUUCUCGGGGAGGAGAAGUGGAAAAUAAGUCGAUAAAUGAGGAUCUGGUUAAGGGAAUAUUCCAAACCAUCGAAAACUCACCUCCUUGAAUUAUAUCUUGCUGGAAGAGAACAAUUGCUGGAAUGUUCGAACCAGAGUAUUACAGUGCACGCUUUCUAUGGUUAAAAGCAACCAAAUCAUUUUAUAUUCUUUUGAUACCUCUUAUGACAUGCUGUUUAAUGAUAUAUAUUCAAAAUCAAAAUAAAUGCGUAGAAUUAUAAUCACA